UACAAACUUUCGUGUUUAUUUCUGUUUUCGUUAGACGUCACGUUAGGUAAGUAAUACAAUUAUCACACUUGUUCUAUUAUUCCCUUUAUCAUGGGCUUUGCAUCUUCACCGACACACUAGAAAAUAAAAAAUUAUAGAUCAACAAAAAUAUCCAAGCCGACCGACGAGCCGAGAAAAGACACAUGGAACGUGAAGGGGUGGACGAGCGCCAAUAGUGAAAAAAUGACAAAAGCUGGUCAUGUUGAGUUCAACAAACACAUGUCCACGUAGGACGAAAGUCAUAUAAAAGCAGACGUGGCAAAUAGUAUAUGUUCUUGUUGCAUUUGAUCUAAUCUUUUUCUUCUUUUUAUAUGAUUUUAAAAUCCCACCACCUUCUACCUACGUCUUAUAUAAAUCAUCUCUAAACCACACUUGACACUUACCUCUAAAGACAAGAAAAAGGAAAGAAUGGGGAACUGUCUAAGACAUGAGUCAGAAAUGCACUGGGCUGGUGAAGAUUGGGAUGAUUUCAUCACACAAGAUGAAGAAGAUCAUCAUCAUCAUAGCUCCAAGAAGACCUCCACCAAAGCUAGAAAAACAGUAAAUGUUAAACGAGAAAGUAAAUCAUGUGAUCCACCUCACCAUGAGAUCAAGAUCAGGCUCACGAGGAAGCAACUCCAAGAUUUACUUAAUAAAGUCAACGUCCAUGACUUAACCGGUUAUGCAGCGCCUGAUAUUGAUCGUAAAAAUCAAGAAGGCAACCAGCACCGGUUAUGGAAACCGGUUUUGCAGAGCAUACCAGAGGUUGACUAAUAGAUGAGACCGUGGUGUAUAUUCUUUAGUGGGUUUCUUCAGUUUUAGGGUAGGAUGUUGAUGUAAAUUUUGAGUUUUUGUUUUUGUUUGUAAGACUGUAAUUAAUUAACUAAAAAUAUAUAAACCAGAAUCCAAAUCUGACCGGUGGUCGGUCAUACCAUGAUUACUUUGA